GUCUCAGGAUGGGUCUCUCUCUCCCGUCUUGUAUAUACCUUCCACUCCUGGGCCUGUGUUGCUGCACCUUCCAGGGACUGACUUCCCCUUUGAGGCUGGAUGGGGAUUAUACUCUUGCAGGGCUGUUCCCAAUUCACCGUAGCACCAUCUCCAUACGUCAGAAGACUACGCCAGAAGUUGACAUUUGUGAGAGCCUGCCCUACCAGAGACUCCACAGCUACCACCUCAUCCAGGCCAUGCGCUUUGCGGUGGAGGAAAUCAAUAACUCCAGCCGCCUCCUGCCCAACAUCACGCUGGGCUACGAAAUCUACGACACCUGCUUGCCCUCCGCCACCAUGUACGCCACGCUAAGCGUCCUGUCCCAGGCCGGAGACGGCUGUCGUGGUCCACGGCACGUGGCGGUGGCCACCAACUAUACACGGUACCAGCCGAAAGCCGUGGCUGCCAUUGGGCCGGACAACAGUCAGAAUGCUCUCUUGACCGCUAGCCUGCUGGGCAUCAUCCAGAUGCCAGAGGUCAGCUACGAAGCCUCCAGCCCCACGCUGAGCCUGAAGCGCAUCUACCCCUCCUUCCUGCGCACCAUUCCCAGCGACCGCUUGCAGGUGCACGCCUUGGUGCGCCUGUUGAAGACAUUCGGGUGGAUCUGGGUGGCUGCGGUGGCCAGUGACAACAACUACGGGCAGCAAGGCCUGCAGAUGCUGCGCGAAGCCGUGGCCAGGCUGGGCAUUUGCUUCGCCUACCAGGGGCUGAUGCCCGUCGACCAGGACGCCGGCAGCGCACAGCCGGCACAGGUGGUGCAGGGCGUGGUGCGCUCCAAGGCCAACGUCGCCAUCGUCUUCGCCAACAAGCGCAGCGCCCUGGCUUUCUUCCAGGCGGUGGUUCGGCAAAACGUGACCGGGAAGGUGUGGCUUGGCACGGAGGACUGGUCCCUGGCCACAGAAAUCUGGCAGAUCCCCGGCAUUCGUGGCGUCGGCACCGUGAUGGGGAUGUCCGUCAAGCAGGCCCGCCUCCCGGGAAUGGAGGCGUUUAGAGGGUCGGAGAAAGCCACCCCCUGCCCGGAUCACGGUCAGGCCGGCGCCUGCCAACAUUGCAGGGGAAGAUGCAGCCAGCCGUGCUCCCGGUUCUGCAGGCCAGAGUCACCUGAGGGCAGCCUAGACCCGUCGCCGUAUGACAUGCAGGGGGCGUCGAAUGUGUACUGUGCCGUGUUUGCCGUGGCACAUGGCCUGCAUCACCUCCUGGGUUGCCAAAUGGGGGUGUGCCGCAAGGGCCCCGUCUAUCCACGGCAGCUCCUGACGGAAGUGAAACGGGUGAACUUCAGCAUCUACGACAGGCAGAUCUACUUUGACAGCCACGGGGACGCCUUGGCGGAUUAUGACGUGGUCCUGUGGACGUGGACAGAGCUGGCCUGGGGCUACCGUGUGGUCGGUUCGUUCGGUGCAAAUCCAGCCCACCUGAGCAUCAAGGAAGACGAGCUUCUGUGGCACACGGAGGCCAACCAGAUCCCCGUCUCAGUGUGUUCCAAGGAGUGUGACGCGGGGGAGCAGAAAGUGCCACAGGGGAUCUAUCGGUGCUGUUUCCACUGUGUGGGCUGUUCGCCGGGGACCUUCUUGAACAGCAGCGAUCCCUACACGUGUCAAAAGUGCCGGGAAGACCAGUGGUCUCCCGCCGGAAGCCAGACCUGCUUCGAACGUGCCGUCGUGUUCCUGGCUUGGGACAACCACAUCUCCCUGGCCCUGCUGACGGCCACCAUGCUGCUGCUUUCGCUCGUGGCCGGGACCGCGGCCGUCUUCGUCAGGAACCUGCAGACGCCCGUCGUGAAGUCGGCCGGGGGCUGGCUGUGCUUCGUCAUGCUGGGUUCUCUGGCCUCUGCCAGCAGCAGCUUCUUUUGCUACUUCGGGGUCCCGGGCAGGCUGGCCUGCCUGCUGAGAUCGCCGCUGUACAACGUCAACGCCACCGUCUUCCUGGCCUGCAUGAUGGCCCGCUUGUUCCAGAUCGUCAUCAUCUUCAAGAUGGCCGCCAGGGCCCCGGGCCUGUAUGCGGCGUGGCGGAGGUACCACGGGCCGGGCGUGCUCAUCGGGACUCUCACCAGCCUGCAGGGGCUGAUAGAGCUUAUUUACCUGAGCACCAGCCCCCCGGUGCCCUACAAGAACUACGACAUCUUCCACGACGGGGUUGUGCUGGAGUGCAGCGAGGGCCACCGCGUGCUCUCGUAUUGCGGGAUGAUCUACAACAGCCUCUUGGGCUCCGUUUGCUUCGUGGUCAGCUACCUGGGGAAGGACCUGCCCAACAGCUACAGCGAGGCCAAGUGCAUCACUUUCAGCCUCCUCAUCUACUUCACCUCCUUCAUCUCCUUCUCCACCGCUCAAGCUGUCUACCGGGGCAAGUUCCUGGGGGCCAUUUGCGUCGCCUUCCAAUUCUCCACCCUGUCUGGGAUCUUCGGAAGCUACUUUGCCCCCAAGGUCUACGUCAUCCUCUUCCGCCCCGAGCGCAACACCAACGAGCAGUUCCAGAUGUCCAUCCAGACUUACACAAAGCGGAUCCACUGA